CCGCUUCCGCCCCGCGCGGCGCUUCCGGGUCGGCGGUGCCCGGGGAAGCGGCGGCUGCUGCGGAACCGGCGAGACUCGGCCGGGCAUGGGCGGUGCUGGCAGGCCUUGAGGGCUUUAAUGGAAGUAGAAAUGCAGUAAACCAGUGGAUGAGGCACAGAAUUAAGUCUCAGCAUCUGGAAGCUUUAGACAGAGUGUCAGUGUAUUAAACGUUGGAGGUCGUGGUUUUCCAAAGGACCUGGAUAUAUUUCAGGGCUGUAGAGCAGUAAAAUGUUUGCCAAAUUGAAGAAGAAGAUCGCGGAGGAGGCAGCGGUUGCUCCCAGGCCCGCAGGAGCCGCCCGCAUCCCCAGGUCUGUCAGUAAGGAAUCGAUCACGUCUGUGGGAGCAGACUCCGGAGACGACUUUGCUUCUGAUGGAAGCAGCUCCAGAGAGGAUCUUUCMUCCCAGUUGUUCAGAAGAAAUGAACAAAUAAGAAAACUGGAGGUGAAGCUGUCUGAUUAUGCUGAUCAGAUCCGAAACUUGCAGAAGAUAAAAGAGAAGCUUGAAAAUGCAUUAGAAAAGCAUCAGGAUUCCUCCAUGAGGAAGUUUCAGGAGCAGAAUGAAGCUCACCAGGCCAGUCGAGCCAAGAUGGCUGAAGGAAUGGCCUUGGCCUUGGAAAAAAAGGACAAGGAGUGGAUGGAAAAACUUGGUCAAGUUGAAAAGGAAAAAAAAAUGCUCCAAACACAGUUACAAGAAAUGAGGGAGCAGAGUUUGAACCUUUUCCAAAAACGAGAUGAAAUCGAUGAACUGGAGGGCUUUCAGCAGCAGGAAAUUGCCAAAGUUAAACACAUGCUUUUGAAAAAGGAAGAAUCUCUUAGCAGAACAGAGCAGGAGCUCGAGGCAUGUGCUCAAGAGCUGACCCAGGCUAAAGCGGAGCUGCAGGAGGCGAGGAGCGAGUCCUCGAGCCUGAGGAAGGAUCUCCAGGACUUGCAGCAGCAGCUCUUGGAGCUGCAGGCUCACAGAGAUGAACUAAUGACAGCUGAGACAAAUGCAGAAAAUAAGAUCACUGCUCUGGAGUUAAGAGAACAGGAGCUACAAACUGUCAUUCAGCAGCUUUCUGUAGACUUGCAAAAUGCUCGAGUGGCUGGUUCUGGUUGUGAGAAGAGACUGGAAGUGUUACAAGAGGAGCAUGAAUCUCUGAAGGUGGAAUAUGAGCAACAGAAGCAAAAGAUAACUUUUGAAUUUGCUGAGAAGAAUAAACUUACUGAACAGCUACAGGAAAAGGUGUCUUCUCUGGAAAAAAAGCUAGAAAGAAAUCUCUCAGGAGAUGAACAUGUGCAGGAGCUCCUCAAAGAGAAAGCUGCUGUGGAGCAGAGGCUGGAGGAGAGCAGGCAGCAGGUGCUGACAGACAGGACACAGCACAGUGAGGCUGUCAGCCGGUUGGAAACACAGAAUAAAGAACUGGAACAGAAACUACGAAUUGCAACAGAAACAUUGAAAAAGAGCAAAGAAGCAGCUGCUGAGCAGGAUCUGAAGAUCCAGAAGCUGCAAACUGAUCUAGAGGCUGAAAGAAAGCAACUGCAGCAACAGAUUUUAAGUGARAAACAUCAAUAUGAUCAGAAGGUUACUGGGCUGGAGUCUCAGAUUGCUGCUCUUGAAAAAGCUUGGGAAUUGGAUAAAACAACAACUCAGCACARGAUUAGCCAGUUGGAAAAGGAAAAUGAAAACCUCAAGGGAAACAAAGGACAGUAUGAGAGCUCUUUAAAGCAACAGGAGUCUGAGCUGAACAAGCUGAAGAAUGAGAUGAGCAGCAGGGAAGCUGUCAGUGUGGAAAUUGCCAAAGCGUUGGAAGAAACACGGAAACAGAGAGAGGAAUUACAACAGCAGGUUUCACAUCUGAAUGCCUUAAUGAAAGAGAAAGACCAGCUGCUUGAUGAAAAAUGUGAUCUGCUGCUAAAACAGAAGGAAGAACUGAACCAACUCACUCAAGACCAYGAAGCUGCCUUGCUUCAGGUGCAUCAGUUACAGUCCGACAUAGAAGCAAGUCAGAGCCAAGCAGUGGAGAAAGAGGAAACAGCAAGAAAGGAAAUCGAUGAGCUGAAGCUACAGGUACAGGAGUGCCUGUUGGCCAGAGAGCAUGAGAAAAAUGUUUUAGAACUGGAGGAGUCAACGAGGGCCUUGAACAAUGAGCAUUUCCCUUCUCCAGAAAACUCUGUGGUGGAGCAGAAUGGAGAGGUGGCAGCUGCAGAUGUCAMUCAACUUCAGAAAGAUAACAGAGAGCUGGAACAGCAAAUUGCUGAGAAAAACAAGAUGAUAAAGCAGCUUCAGCAAAGAAUGACAGAACUCAAGAAAACUCUCCAGAAAGAGCUGAAAAUAAGGCCUGACAGUGAGGUACCUGAGCUACGUGAGAAAGCAAAUUCUGAAGUGCCUAAUGCUUCUGUGACUGUCACCAACAACUCUGAUUUGAACGACUCGAGGGAGAUAAACUUUGAGUACCUUAAACAUGUUGUACUAAAAUUCAUGUCCUGCAGGGAAUCUGAGGCAUUCCAUCUCAUUAAAGCUGUGUCUGUGUUACUGAAUUUUUCACAAGAGGAAGAAAACAUGCUCAAAGAAACUUUGGAGUACAAGAUGUCCUGGUUUGGGUCCAAGCCAUCUCCCAAAGGCAGCAUCCGGCCRUCUAUCUCCAGCCCAAGGACUCUGUGGCCUUAAGGGAACCUGAAGGUGGCAGGCAGUACCCAGGCACUUCUUUCUGUGAAAAGAAUGCUGAACACACUGCUCCAGGUGUGUCUUAAUCACUGUCAUUGCAGUAUUUUGUACAAGAACUUGUGGCUCUGUUUACAAAACUAAUACUGUGCAAGGAGACGUUUUCACUCCAGACUGCGACAGCUCUGGGCUGGAUUCAGGGACCACCUGGGUGUCUGUGAUGGGAGCAGCUCCUUGUGCCCAUCACUCCUGGGUUCUUGGCACCACAGGGCACCGAGGAGCUGGCUGGCAGCAGUGCUGCCACUUCAGUCUCUUGGGAUGGUGGUUCCAGCUGCUGUUCCAGGGUGCUGGAGUCCAGUGACUCUGGGCACAGAAAAGCUGCUUGUCUGGCUGUGGGGAGCCAGCAAUGAAAACGUGUUGGUAGAAGUGUGUUGAGAGUGGGAUGGUUUGCAAAGCUUUUCACGGGACAGGAGCAGGAGCUUUAACCAAAAAAGAACUCUGCCUUGCCUUCUAAUACUGACAUAACUAAUGGUUGGCAUUUUUUCAUAUCACUGUGUAAUUUAAGGUGCAUUUAUCCURGCCUGCAGUCCUCAAGGCUGCAUGUUGAUGAUUAUUUAAUUUGAGAGCACAACUUUAGAGUUGUCUGAUUUUACUUUUCUUAAAGAAAAAUAAUAUUUAAAAUGGUCUUAAUUAUAGUACCUAAUCCUCAGUCGCCUUUAAAACUAAUCCAUUAGCCUGUUCCAUGGAUUGUUAGCAGUGGGAAAAGGGGUAGGAAACCAUUUUAAAUUUUUAAAGAUGAGUUCCAGGUAUUGUAAAUCCACACUGAAAAAUACCUUUUAUUUAAAAAAAAUAAAAAUAAAAAUCUAGUGACAAAGGGUCAAGAAUGCUGGUACUAAACACUUUUAUUUUUUUCUUCCAAGUCUGUUAGCAAUACAUCCUCAUAAACAGGAUCUGCCUCUUUGGUUGUGGUUUUCUGUACUUCAAAUACUGAUACUUAAAAACUGUUAUGAACAUGCUAACUGUGUCCUGACUAUAUGGUAAAAGAAAUGCUGCUUAGGAGGGGUUUUGGGGCAAAAUUCAACUCUUAGUGAACAAAUUAUGGUUCCAUCACCUUGUUUUCCUAAUACAGUCAGGAAAGUGGACCAAGGUGGCACUUCCCCCCCUGAAAGCACAAUUCUGCUCACAGUUAUUAAUACCACUGCAAAAUCUGGAUCCAAAUGGGAAGCAGCACUGUCUUACUUCUUAAAAAUGAAACCUAUUUCUAAAAAACUACGUGUGUAUGGAAUUCGGUGAGCAAGUUGCAAUUCGGAGAAUUCUCGUACAGGGAAGUUCAUACUUCUACUGAAUAUAUUCAGGACAAUUCAAGCUUUCUCCAGUGGAGAUGCAG